UCAGUUUCAGUUGAAUGCAAUCGGCUCACGACAACACAACGCGCUAAAAUGCAGUUGACGCUUACAUUUCCGGUUAUUUCGCUGUGGCUGCUGCUGGUGCUCUUGGUCGUUGGUGCUCGUGCACAGGAUAUAAGGCCUGAGUUCCCUGAGGAUUUUCCACGGCCGACAACGGAAGAGGCCAUCACAACCACAGAGGAGGGUACGGCAGAAGAACCUACGACGGCCACUCCCACAGAAGAACCUUUUACAAGUGCAUCAGCAGAAGAAGCUACGACUCCAGCAUCCGCAGAAGAAGCUACGACAAGCGGAUCCGCAGAAGAAGCUAUGAGUGCAGGAUCCGCAGAAGAAGCUACGACUCCAGCACCCCCAGAAAAAACUGCAACCACAACCAAAGAACCAUCAACCAUCACAACCACAACCAAAGAACCCAUCACAACCACGACAACAGAAGCACCAAAAACCACCCAGGCCACAGAAGCACCUCCGAUCUAUACACCACCAUACGCACCACCAACAAUUGCCAAUCGACCUACUUACACCACCAGAAAUCCUUGGAUCUUGAACGAGCAGGCCGAGCGGUGCUAUCUGAGAGAUCAGAGGGACUACGGCUAUCGGAAUGGCGGCUGUGGACCUUGGGGCUGGCGGUCGACGAUAAGCUGCUAUCGCUGCUGCUACUUCGCCAGCCAUAACGUGGCCGGUUGCAGUAAACUCCAUCGUGGCCGCUGUGGCUACUACUAGUGAGGAACGGAAACUCCAAGAAAACACCAGCUGUAAUAGUGAGUGAAACACGGUUGUAAUAAAAAUCUCGAGCACAAAUGGUAGUCAAA